AUGAUGAUCGCACAAAGCUUCUCACCUUCUUCAUCAGUAGACCUCAUCUAUAUAUCCAUAUGCAUCAUUACAGAUCUAAUCCAAUCCCACAUAAAACUUGUAGCUUCCAACCUCAAGUGGGCAUGGAGUUUUCUUCUACACCAAUGUUUUUUUCACCAUCAACUACAAAAUCUUCAAGGACUUGCGACUAACCAGACAAGGUUCGAACCAACAUGUAUGGAACAAGUGGAAUGCGUUGUUUGCUUGAGUAUGAUUGGAGAAGAUGAAGAGAUAAGAGAGCUGAGGUGUGGUCAUUUAUUUCAUGAAGCUUGUUUGGAUCGAUGGAUAAGGUUCAGGAAUAGGACAUGUCCACUAUGUCGAGAUAAUUUGGUGUUAGCUGGAGUUGUUUCGCAGCUUGGACAUGAAGUGUUAGUUUUUUAA